AUGCCGAGCAUGGGCCCUUUGCUCCCCGUCUUCGCCCUCGCCGCCGGCGUCGUGGUAUCCUGCGUCGCGGCCGCCGGCGUCCCCCACGUCGACAUCCCCUCGUGCUCUCGCGGCAAGGGUUUCCUGGAAUACUCCAAGUCGGUGCCGGAACGGACGGCGUUUCCCAGGACGCAAGUCGGUCUCUGCUACUCGGACCUGUACCUCCACAUCAACUUCGUCGCCCACGACGAGGUCAACUUCUACUUCAACAGCUCGCAGGGGACCAACGACGACAUCUGGAAGUACGAAGUCAUGGAGGCCUUCAUCCAGAAGGGCAAGGACGACCCGAAGUCGUACCUCGAGUUCGAGGUCAACCCGGACAACGUCACGUACCAGGCCUUCAUCUUCAACCCCUCCAAGAACCGGGCUGACGGCGCGCCCUUCGAGCACGCCUUCAUCAAGGACCCCGCCGCCAUCGGCAUCCAAUCGACGACGAUUCUCGACCGGGACGGUCGUUUGUGGAUGAGCAAUGUCCAGAUCCCCCUUGGCCUCUUUGGCGUCUACAGGGACAAGGCCAAGGGCACGCUGUGGAGGAUGAACUUUUUCCGCACCGUCGUGGAUCCCAAGACAUACCCCCAGCAGGAGCUGGGGGCGUGGAGUCCACCGGACAAGGCCAAUUUCCACAUCACCCCGUUCUUCGGCAUCGCCCGCUUCGUGUGA